AUGGCUGCAGGGGGCGCCACCGUCCCUGAGUGUGUCCCUUGGGGUACCGGCCCUGGGAGGGCCACCUCUUGGAGGGGCUCUAAGGGCGCCGCACCUGGGAGGGUUUCUAUGGUCGCCGCCGCCCCUGAGAGAGCCCCUGGGGGCUCUGCCUAUGGGAGGAACUUUGGAGGCGCCGCCCCUGGGAUGGUCCCUGUUGGCGUUGCGCCUGUAAAGGGCCCUGGGGGUGCUGCCCCUGGGAGGUUCCUUGGUGGCGUUACUCCUUGGAGGGUCCCUGGGGGCGCCGCCUCCCCUGAGAAGUUCUCUUGUGACGACACCCCUGGGAAGGUUAAGGGCGCCGCCCCUGUUUGCAAUGCCCCUGGUAGGGCCCCUUGA